AUGGAGAAAGAUGGACUCGAGCUUGAGAUAACGGAGCUAAGAUUGGGUCUUCCGGGGAGAGAUGUGGCGAAGAAGAGAGGUUUCACGGAGAUGAUCAUGACGUCUUCCGGUAGUAAUAGUGAUCAAUGUGAAAGCGGCGUCGUUUCAUCAGGUGGUGAAGUUGAGAAGGUUAAUGAUGCUCCCGCGGCGAAAAGUCAGGUGGUUGGGUGGCCGCCGGUUUGCUCUUACCGGAGGAAAAACAGCUCAAAGGAAGCUUCGAAGACAAAAGUUGGGUUAGGGUAUGUGAAAGUGAGCAUGGAUGGUGUGCCUUAUUUGAGAAAGAUGGAUCUUGGUUCGAGCCAAGGUUACGAUGAUUUAGCCUUCGCUCUAGAUAAGCUCUUCGGUUUCCGCGGCAUCGGUGUGGCAUUGAAGGAUGGUGAUAACUGCGAAUACGUUACCAUAUACGAAGACAAAGAUGGAGAUUGGAUGCUCGCCGGAGAUGUACCUUGGGGGAUGUUCAUAGAGUCAUGCAAAAGGUUGAGGAUUAUGAAAAGAUCGGAUGCUACCGGAUUUGGGCUGCAGCCUAGAGGAGUAGACGAGUGA